AUGCUGUACGAAGAUGCUCUGCUAUCAAACCCUUGCCAUGACUUCACACUAAACAAGGGCAUUCGGGUGCCACUCUCUUGUGCAGAUGUACAACGCUUUCUUAGAGACCGUAGCAAGCCUACCGAUGAUGCGCAAGCCAAAAGAAGAGUAGUUGACACAACUCGCGUGCCCAAGAACCAGCCAAGAUAUAUGGUAGCCACACUUAACAAGAAAAUGCACCCGCUUAGGAAGGUCCUUCUGUACCAGGGUGCUCGUCCAGUGUCAAAGUCGCUUCACAAUUGCAACUAA